ACCUACCUGUGCCUGCUUGCUCUGGCUGCAACUUCGGCCGCACGUACAGCUUGCUUGGACGAUAUCUCUCAUGAUACAAUCGCAAUUUUCAGUGGUGCCGCUCUGGCAUUCGGCUCCAAUUAUACGGAUGCAGCGGACUGUGGCCUCAAGUGCUCGACUGUCGCUGCCUGUCAAACUCACUAUUUAAUGGCUCGGGCCCCCUGCAAGUCCCGGGCUUCCAUAGCAUCUUCCUAGAGAUGGAGCUCGCCAUCGACGAACGCUUUGCGCACGGGACCCAAGAGGACCACAGCAGGCGGCCUGUCAGGCUCACUGCCCCAGAAGUCCAGAUGUUGCGGCUCAUGGAGCGCAUCACGGAGCUUAAGAAUUGGGAGCAUGAGGUCUUCGAUCCCGCGACGCUUGCAAAAUGGCGCGCCCAGGCAUCCGAGUACGCGCAUCUUGAUCCGCGAACGGAUCAGGAUAUGGACAUGGAUCUCGUCACCACCCGAUCCUGGCUCUGGUGCGUGGCGGAGCUUCAAGACAGGGCCAGAUCGCUGCGUGAGACCGGCCAUGUGGUGGUCUUCAAUGCCGACUCGGGGGUGUGCAAGGCCGAUCGUGUCGUGUCGGAGGCCCUGCGGCAGCAGCUCCAGGACGCGUUUCAGCACCUGCCACAGGGCGAUGGGACUCACGAUCUGGUGGACCCGUCACUCUACAUGCUGAUUUACGGUCAGACCAAGGUUCUCAGCCGUGGAGGUCGGGUUCCUCUGGCCACUGACGGCUCGAUCUGGGAUCCCCUCCCUGCCACCAAUGUGGCGCAGACGGAUGCUGUGCCGGAUCAUCCCCCGGGCGAGAUUGUUCCGGCAUUCAAACUGCCAUACUAUCUUAACGGGCGCUCGAGGCGUCGACAGUUCUCGUCUUGCUUUCAGUGGUUACCGUGCGAGGUGGAGUUUGCCAAUUCCUCUGGGACGGCAGUCCGGAUAACCUCAUAUAUUAAUAACCUCCACCCAGCAAAUAUACAGGCAUAUUCGGCGAUUGAGAAACUAAUCUCCCUAGCUAUUCGGCCUUGGAACGACAUCCUUGUAAAGGGUGUUCGCGGGCGCAUGCCACGACGUAUCCACACUUAUGGGGUCACGAACCGGAAACUGCCCCCGAUGAAUGAAGAGCCCCCGGAAGAAGUGCUCCCGCGGGGAUGGAGAGAAGACAUCACCCAGCGCUCCUGGACACCAGAGGAAUGGGAGCAAUAUUGUCUUCGGGUGACGGAGUUUCUGCAAUAUCCAGACGAGGACCCGAAAUAUCGAGUCUUUGAACCCGAGCCCGAUGAUCCCCCCCAGACCGAAAACCUGCUCGACUUGAUGACGCCGGAAAUGUGGGCGUCCCCCACCAGUGUAGAGCGGAUUAUCCGGGCCAAAUGGAGGCGACUUAACUGGUUUCACUACCCUGAGCCAGGGAUAUCUUUUACGUACGAAGACUGGAAGCUGGGCAAAACCGCGAACCCAAUUGUCGGUCCGUGGGAAUCUGAGGAUAAAUGGUUUAAACCGCCGCGCGAUCACGAAUACUACCAGGUGUCGCUCGAGAACCAGUUCCGGGCCCAGGGACUGCAGAUCAUUGUGCGGGUAUUCAGCAUCGACCUGACGCCCGAUGCGCCUCGUUAUCCUGGGGAGGCCGAGUUUCACGUGGAUGGUAUGCUCAACGAACACAUCGUCGCCACCGCAGCCUAUUGCUAUAGCGCGGAGAACCUCACUGAGUCUCGCAUCUCCUACCAGCAGAACGACCACCUAAGUAUUCAAGGCCACCAGGAGGAUCCAUAUUGCAUCUAUAAGCUCUACGGUCUGCCGCCGUCCCCAGCAGCCGGCGUCGAUCCAGGCACUUACAAGCUGCAAACCCUGGGGUCCGUGGCUGUGGUCACCGGCCGCUAUCUCCUGUGGUCGAAUACCCUGCGAUAUAAACGCCAUCCCUUCUCCCUGCGCGACCCCAAUCGCCCCGGCCACCAGCGCUGGGUCGUCCUGUGGCUGGUGGACCCGCACUAUCGCAUCUGCUCCACGAGAAAUGUUCCCCCGCAGCAGCAUGAGUGGUGGCGCGACGAUGUACUGGCGAACCCGACUCUGCUCUCGACCCUUCCCCGAGAACUGGUCGAUAUGAUCAUGAAAGAAACCGGGCCAUGGCCGAUGAGCCAUUCUGAAGCCCUGCGUCACAAACAAAAGUCGGAUGAGGAGAGAGAGGAGGCGCUCCGCAUCCAGAUCGAGGAAUUCCCAACAUACGGGUUCUGGGAUGAGCUGCUAUGAGGCUCGACUGAUCUUGUUCACCAUAUAUGAUGUCGUGCAGCAGCUCUUUGCAAGCCUAAGGAGCCUUUUGAGGUAGAUGCUGGC